GAACCAGGGCUCGCUUCCUACCCUGGCAUCCCUAUAUAAGGUCCACCACUGGCCGGCAGGAUCCCGGAGACCGUGCAGGGGAGUGAGCUUCGUGAGCAUCCUCCUCCACACCUGUGUCACAACAAAAGAUGUUUCAGCUUUGGAAACUCGUUCUCCUGUGUGGCCUGCUCACUGGGGCCUCAGCAUCCCUUCUUCAGAAUGUUGGCAGUGACCUGAAUAAUAUUUGGGAGAAUGUGAAUCCUCUUCUCCAGAGUGGACUUCAGACUAUUGAAAAUGUACUUGAAGAUGUCCUUCAGACACUGAACUCUAACAUGGCUGCACUUCAGGAAUCCACAGUUCGGGGAUUGACCAAAAAUGCCCAGACCGUGGUGGACAGUUUGCUCUAUGCUCCGGAGAGGCUACUGAAUGUGCAAAUUGACGGGCUCUCCAUCAUGAAGAUCGUCGCUAAUGUAUCCAGUGACGGCCAAGGCAUCGUCCUGAGGAUCCCGGUCACCGCUAAUGUCACUGCGGUCCUGCCUGUCAUUGGCCAGGUGGUCAACCUGAAGGUCAACUUGGACCUCCUGACUAGACUUAGGCUUAAUACUGAUGCCAAGUCCGGCCUCGUCAUUGAGGUCCUGGAAGAUUGCAUCAGUGACCCAGCCAGCAUCUCACUCUCCCUGCUGGACAGACAAAGCCAAAUCAUCAACGAGAUUUUGGACAGUGUGACUAAUCUCCUGGAAAACACCGUGUCCUUAUUACUGAAGCAGGAGGUGUGCCCGGUGAUCAGUGCCCUCCUCAACAAUCUAGUUGAACCUCAGGAUUCCGCUAACCAGAACGCUAACGUCUGAAGAGGCAGGACAAGGAGCAGAGCCCUGGCGCCCGCCUGCAGGUUGACUUGGGUUGGCUUGACCUUACGACCUCUCCUCUCUGGGACGGUGCUGCCAC